AUGCGGUUUCCGGUCGGCGUGUCGCUCAAGCUCGCGCUCAUCGUCGCUGCUCCGGUGGGCCUAACGUGCGCCCUACUGUACCUCGCCGGCGUCCCCUGGCCAAUGAACUUCCGCAUCGGCGCCGUCCUGGCCGCCUUCCUCUUCGUCGCCGGGAUGUGCGCCCGCGCUAGGAUACAGCGCCUGGUCGAGCAAGAAACAGGGAGGGAGUCCAUGGCCGCCCUGCCGCGGGAGCCGGCGGUCGGGCUAGGCCUGGCAGCCAUCGCCGGCCUGCCGGUGUACAAGUACGAGAAGAUGAGGAGCGGCGGCAGAGACGGUGACGACGAGUGCUCCGUGUGCCUCGCCGAGAUUACGCCGAGGGAGGUCGUGAAGCAGCUUCCCGCGUGCACGCACCUCUUCCAUGAUCGGUGCAUCGACGAGUGGCUAUGGUCUCACAGGACGUGCCCGGUGUGCCGGUCUCCGGUUGAUGCCUCCACCGUGCCGCCGUCCGUAGAAGUUGCCGCGCGUGCUCUGCAAUCUGUGUAA